AUGAAUAUAAGUACGUAUACCAGUACUAAUAAUACGACUAUAAAUCAAGUCAGGCUUUUACCCCAAUCUUCAGGCUUUUACCCAAAUCUUCAGACUUUUACCUUAAUCCUAAGAUUAUUUACCCCAAUCUCCAGAUUUUUCAAGUUAAAAGCAAAACAAGAAUUUCAACUGAAAGCCAAACAUUUUCUACCUCCUGUAGCGUACGCCCCUGAGUUAUAUCUAUUAGAAGCUACAGCUGAUAUUCGAGCCUCUCUGACUAGUGAUGGUUCCUCACGAUCUCAAUCAUAUAACCGACUGGCAGGGGACGAGAGCCAGCGGGGAUUUCAUUCCUACCGUGAUGGCCCUGGGGGUCCUUAUGAUGAUCGCUACACCCAAACUAUAAUCGAACGAACUAAAACAGAGGAACGUCUACACUGGGACUGGAAAUUGAUGUUUAAGAAGAUAUCAGGGGACAUAACCCAGGCCGUAGAAGCUAGUAUUACUAGUACAAUGAAGACUAAUCUACAUGAGGAAUGGGAACAAUGGCAGACGUAUCAUGCUCUUACUCAAGUCGAGGUGAAAUCAACUUUACGUGGUGGUAAACAUGAUUAUCCUAAAGUUAUAUCUAAGGUUUAUUACAUACUACGUUUAGAAACACAUACAGGUGGAAAACGACAAAACAGGGGCAAUAAAUCUUAUCGUGACCCUGCUUCACAUUAUUCACCUUUACCCAGAAUAGAGUCACGUGCAGGGUCACGUCUUGACACAUCAGGGGGACAGACACACGACUCACACAAAUACACGCCCAGACAAGCUUACUCUCGUCAGUCCAGAGCAGCAGACGGAAAGUAUUCAAACAGACAUGGCAGGCGCGACAAACGCGACAAUGAAUAUCGAGAUGACGAAAACACACAAGAAUACGAUAACCAAUCACAAAACAAACAUUCAAACAGAAACAGACAUCGCUAUAGCGACCAACCUCAAUCAGACGACGACAGACAAGCAUACGAAAAAGGCGGGAAUACUCAGUAUUAUAAAACUCCACGAACUCACAGACAGACGGACGAUGACGAUUAUUUUUCUGAUUCUAAAACACCUCCUCAUUCCCCAGGACGCCCUGUACCAUAUAGUCACACAAAAGGUCAAGGUCAUGGUCACGGUCAUGGUCAAGGUCACGGUCAUGGUCAAGGUCACAAUGAUCCACAUUCAUCACCGAACACCAACCACACCAAUGAGGAUUCGGGUUUUGCAGGCCUGUCACCAGACGAAAGAGAGAGAGAUAAUUAUUUAGAUGAUUAUGAAAGAAGAAAAAGAGAACUUCAACAACGACUAGAUCGAGAGAAAGCAAGACAAAAUCAGCUCAAUCGUCAAAAUGAGGAACUAGCGAGGUUAGCGGAGAUGGAUGAAGCAGAACGAUUGGCCGAGGAGAAACGUAGAGAAGAAGAGUUCGCACGUAGACGGUUCGAAAAUGAAGAACAACGAAAAGAAGCUGAAGAGGAGGAGAGAAGACGCGCCGAGGAAAGACGAAGGGAGGAAGCACGAAGGAAAGAAGAUCGUCAACGCGAAGAUGAAGACAGACGUAGGGAGGAAGAACAGAGAAGGGAAGAUCAACGACUGGAAAAUGAACGAGAGCGAGAAAAGCGAAGACUUGAAGAUGAAGAAAAAUGGCGUCUCGAAGAUGAAGAGAGGGAUAGAUUAAAAAAUUUAAUGCCGAACAACGAAAAAAAGAAAACGAACUUCGAGCGAAGCGUAGAAAGGAUGGAGGAAAGAAAGAGGGAGGAAGAAGCCAAGAGAAAGAGGGAGGAAGAAGCCAAGAGAAAGAGGGAGGAAGAAGCCAAGAGAAAGAGGGAGGAAGAAGCCAGGAGAAAGAGGGAGGAAGAACAAAAAGGUAGAGGAAACGCUUCAAAUAGACGAAAAGGUGCUGAUGAUGAUGAUAACAACAAAAAGCGGAAUCAAGGAAAGGGACGUAACUCAGAUGAUGACAAACGCAGACGUGCUGAUGAUGAUAGAAAGAAAAAUGGCGGAAAGAGUCAAGCAGACGACAAGUCUGGGCGUAAUCGAUCACGAUAUGGUGAUAACGAUGAUAGAUUAACAAAUGGUAAUGAUACAGAUCAUUCAAGAUGGGAUGAUGAUGAUGCUGACAGUCAGAGAUAUCGUGAUAGUGAGAAUGAUGAUAAUGAUAGCAGACGGUAUCGUGAUAAUGAUAACGAUCGUGAUAGACGAAGGAGAUCUGGAUCAGCUGAUGAUGAUGAUGGUUUCCCAACUCCUCCACCAUUAGAGAUGAAAUCCCCACGAGAGGUCCGUGAUACAGAUUCAGCUUACGCUAGACGAAGGGAUGAAAAGGAAAGAUUACUAGCUGAGCUAGAUGAAGCAAGAGAUUUGAGGAAAACAGCUGAACAAGAUCGGGAAGAACUAGUCAAACGAGCCAAACAAUUACAACAUAAAACAACCAAUAGAAGAAAUAAUGCAAGAGAUGUUUGGAAGAAACGUUAUUUUGAAGAAAAGAAGAGAACAGCACCUCUAGAAGAUUCUACUAAUAGAUUACGUCACGAACUAGAAGUUUUACAUCGUAAACUAAUGACAACAUUGGAAGGACCUAAAGAUGGUAAACCUGUAAAAUAUAUUGAUGGUAAACCAUCACCUAAGAAUAACUAUAUCAUUCAGUGUACCAGAUUGCAGCACGAGAUCGAAGAUUUGAGACGAAGAUCAGAGAACGCCAAGAUGAAGCUCACGGCUGAAAUGAAGUUGAGAACGGCAGCAGAGAGUGAGUUAAAAUCAGUUCGGGCGAAUCGUAUACGGAGAAAAGUCAACACAGGAGGCUCGGCAUUCACUCAGCCUCUUGAUUGGGGAGUUCGAAAUUUGUUUCAAACAAAUCACCCGAUUCGUCAGCAGGAUGCGUUGAUGAACAUGUGA